GCGUCGGACGUAGUCGAAGACAGAUUAGUACCGCACGAUUGACGGCGUGCCGUCCGAAUCCCGCGAGACAGAGGUUGAACUCUCCCUCUUUUCGGAUGAUAUCGCGAUCUCGCGACUCUUCGUGUAAUCGGUCGAAGAACGUUCGGUCGAAUGGACACGGAUUAAGAUAAAUGCCGCAGUCGGUCGUGUGCGACAGAGUCGGUGACGGACACGCGUGCGAUGCGCUGCACAACGGUUAUUAACAUGUGAGAGGAAGAGAGAAAAAGAGAUAGAGAACCGUCCACAAUUCUAUCGAUCCUUUAUACAUGAUCGGCGUAUAUACAGAUUUCUUUUAUACACCGUUCGCCUAAUAAAAAUCGAAACUCGGUAAUCGCGAUAUAUUCGAGUACCGCGAUGUCAUAUACGGUUGUAUGAGAAAUUUUUCCGGAGAGAAAGACGCAGCUGCAACUGACAACUCGAUUUCCGGUCCCAAAGUUGCGGAGUAAAAAGAGCAAAAAAAGGGAUAUUCUGAAAAAGGAAAACAUCGGUGAGAACUGACGUAAAGAAACGGAGGAAACGUCCACGAAGAUUCCUAUAUUCAUUUCUCGUUGUGUCGGAGGGGUCUAUCAUUACUGCGAGAAAUAAUCUAAAUGUGUUCCAUAGCAAUGCCGGCCGAACUGAUUCUGGGGCACAGUCCUCCGGUGUACAGUUCUUUACUGUACAGUCCCCUAGUAGUCACAGCGCCCACGAUCACUAACAGAAAGGUGCCUCCCAGAAUCAGACCAUGCCUCUCUUCAGGAUCUUUGCCCCUGGAUACAUUGCGAAACGAUGGCAAUGGCAAACAGAAGAAACGGGUGGUAUUUGCCGAUGAUCGCGGUCGUCCCCUCACACAGAUUCGCGUAAUGUCAGAACCGAGCCACGUGCCUCCACUGUGGAGUACGGCCUACGUGGCUGGCCUGACCGGUGGUUUGCUCGGUUCGUCCAAGGAUCAGAAUCAGGAUGCGACGCAGAACACCACGCCGCUGUGGCAAGUGACCUUCCCGCAACCGGCGAGUGACUAUCUCGCCUUUCGACAUAAGCUCGAUCAGGAUAACGUUAGCCUGGAGAAUGUGAUUGUGCGCGAAUCCGAGCAAUGCCUGAUAGGUACGGUAAAGGUCCGGAAUCUGGCCUACGACAAGGAGGUCGUGGUGAGAGUCAGCAACGACUCCUGGUCCACUCACGAGGAUGUGCACUGUACAUACGUGGAGCAACGAGGAUCACCGGUUUCCCUCAUACUCUACGACACUUUCCGAUUCCGGCUCACUCUACCAGUGGCGUCGGACGUUAUCGAAUUCUGCGUGCGAUAUCGCACCGACGGCAAAGAAUUCUGGGAUAAUAACGAGAGCAAAAACUACGUGAUUCGUAAGAAGCAAGAGCCCCGGGUACCUGCCAAAUGGUGCGACAAUAUCCAGACGCCGACAUGCGAUGGAAUCUCCGGUAACAACGGCAGCACGGUGCCGCGCAGCACGGAGAUCACCAGGCUCAACAUGCGCACUUGGAGUGAAUUCGCGUCCUGGCAGCAUCUGGCUAAUGACGCGCCCUAUUGGUGAAUUCACUGACGAGGAGGCUAUGCCCCUUCAUCUCGAUACGGAUCAAGCUGUACGAACUACUCCAGUCUCUUUCACUGCAAUUUUGCCAAGACGAGAGAUCACACAAAUGGGACCAUAAGCCGUAGGCAUCUCAUAGAACACGAGUCAUUUUAGAGGGAAUGGAGAACGAUGAGAGAGAGAAGAAGCUGUACGAUCCGAAUUGAGAACGAGGGAAACAAGAACGCGCGUGCAGGAAAAAACAAUCGGGGGGGAUGAUAAUGAACAGCAGAGCGGACGCAACGAGCUCCUCGGAUAACGCAAUCUGUACGAUCCCAACAUCCACAUCAUCAUACAACCGGAUUACCAAGGUCAUCCUGCGUCCGUCUCCAACGCGCCAGUUCAUCGGCACGAACAUCAUCGUCGCACGUUAUCUUCUCGAACGUCCUCUUCUUCCUCCUCUACUUCCUCAUUCCUGAGAUUUUCGACCCGCCUACGGACUCAAGAUAGUCGAUCACGGUUGAGCUUCUACCAGAGAUCGAGUCGAUCGAAAUCUUGCUGGUCUCGUCAUGUGUGUGUCGGCCAAUAUUAUAUAGUCUUGUAAGUUAUCUCCAUUACUUCCCUUAUAAAUAACUUCCUCUUUCUCUCUAUCUCUCUUCCACCUCUUCGUUUCUAGCGCCCUUAACACGAUCCUUUCGGCGAAACACAAAUUCUCGACCAACUGUAUCUAUUAUUUUACGAGUAUAACGGGAUAGUCUCGUGAAGUCUCAAUAAACAUAAAACAGACAAACGCGAUAUGCUUUGUCGGGUGAAUUAUAUAGACGUUUGUUUCGUAGCACCAACGUGUGUAACUCAUCGCCCAGACACAUAAACGCCUAAAAAUGAUCUACGAUUAUUUUUAUUAGAAGCGUUUUUUAGCUUGUCUGGGUUAUUAUCAUGUACUUGAGUGAUGCUACUUCAAUCUAUCAUCUUUCAUUAAAUGUUAGAAAAAAGAAUCAUAUUAUUAUUAAUUACAAGAAAUUCUUGCGAUUGCGAAAAAACGUAGUUUGUGUUUGCAGUCGUUAUCAGCGGAAAGCGAGGAAACGAUAAUCAUCAACAGCAUUUUUUAUUCUACUCCUAUUUUAUUAUCUAACUGGUGCUAUCUGCUGUUUCUCUUGCAAUAUUUUCUUUCUUUUGCGUGUACUAUUUCGCGAAUAGAAGGUAAAUUAGAGCUUUGCACGAUGAAGAAAGUUUCAGUAAUCAUUAUUAGAUUAUCGCUAUUAAAAUAUUCGAAUCGAGAAGAUGAUUGAAAUACGAUAUACCUUGUAAGAUAUUAAAUACUAACGCGCAAUUAUUUACUCCAUUCGGGGCUUUUAUUUCUCACGGAUUAUUUUAAGGAAGAUUUAUAUUUUAUAUCCAUGAAUAUUAUAUGAUGAACGUAUUGAAUUAUACAAACGUAGAUAUACGCGCGUAUAUGUAUAUGCAGACACGUACUACAUACAGUCGUGUUAUUCGCUCAAUACCCGCUCGAAUCGAUGCGUAUUUAAGCAAACAAGGCUCAAGAUUAAGAAGAUAAAUUACAAUAAAUGCGAACGCAGCAGCCUGUCAACAAACAGUUCGAUUAUGUUAUAUGCAUACUAACAGACACUGAAUCGCUAUAUAAAAGCGGUCAUUAAUUUGUGAUUUACAGAAAUUGUAAUUCUCGAUAAAAAGAAUAGGGCCUACAUAUGAGCCGAAUCUUCAGAUGCCAAAUAUUUUUUUCCUGAUGUAUAUCUGAAGAAUCGGUUCAAUUUUUCUCGAAUAUUUAAUUAAUGCGAUCAGCGUUUUUAGUGUCGGAAUAAUAAUAACAGAAUGGAGCAUGAGUACUUGCGAAUGCGCAAAUCUUUCAGCAACUGGCACUGAAUUAAAACUGCGUAGCGGAAGGAAUGUCGAGACGAUCGUGAGAGAUGAUCGUGAAAGCUCUAGCUAGUCAUUUGGCCAGGCGCCAUUGUCUUCAACAACAGGUUUUCAUAGCAAUAUCGAAUCUGCUUUCUCUGCCCGUAGAGAUUCUUCGAAGUGGAUAACGAGAGUUUCACUCGCGCGUUACUCCUUUUCAGCGAGAUAGUUUUUAACCUCGACUUUUGUUAUAUUUUUCGAUUUUUCUUGUAUUUUAGCUUUCAUUAGAUUUAUAAUGUUCUUCUUAGGAUUUUCUUAGCUCAUCAAAGUAUCAUGUAAUUCAGAGCGAAUAUGAAUGAAAGUGUGGAUGAUGGAGAUGUCUAAUGUUUUUAUGUAAUCUAAAUUAUUCUCUUGGAUAUUUAAUUGUUUGUUCGUUAUAUUAAUUUGGUAGUGCGAUAUUAUAAUAUAUAUUACGUGUAUGUAUACAAUGAUAUUAAUUUACACUACUGUGAUAAUCAAUUGCGUAUUAAAAGAGAUUAGUUUAGAACAAGAGAAAAGAAUACAUCUCCUUCAUCUACUUUACAUCUAUAUAGAUUUUUAAAUAUUUUCUUUCAAUACUAUUAAGUUUUUCAGCAUAUUAUUGUUGUUUUUUAUAUAUACAAAUGACGUAGGAAUCGAUAUUAUUUUUUCCUGUUCUAGUUUCUUCUCUUGUCUACUGUUUCUACUUCUCUUUCCUUUUUUUUUUUCUUUCUAUAACGAUCUAGACUUAAAAGCAGCUUGCGAUUAUAUGUGUAUGAAAUGAUUGUUAGGAUUGUUAGUCCAAUUGCUGUCGCAAAGAAACUAGUUUGUGCAUCCAUUAAUGCUGCUCCGGAUCGAGGUUGUGUCCGUUCAUCGAGUACCAUAUCGUUAAUCGAUACGAGCGCUCGCGUGUGUAUACGUAUGGGUACGAGUGUACAUUUUCUUUCGAGAGCCGUAAGACUGAUAACUUAAACUACAUACAUAAUGUAUAUAAUAAGCGUAUCUAAGUGUAAGAAUUUUAAUAGCGUCUCGAUGAAAGUUUUAUCAUUAUCUUAUCAUUCGACGAUUACCGAGAUUUCUUCUACUAAGCAAGUCACAUCUCCGUAUAUUUUUUUAUCCUGUAAGUUCUUUCGUUCCCUUUUCGCGUGUUCUUAAUUCCUAAUUUGUAAUAUAUCUCGUUCACAUAUACUCGACAUAUACAUGUAUAUAUAUAUAGCAUCUGUUAUGGCAACUUUUUCGCAUCGUUUUUAUAUGACAAACGUGAUUUGAAUAUUAUGUUUACUUUUACAGCGUAUAUUAAUGAUUAUUGCAUACAAUAUUAUUAUCAUCAUUGUUGGUUGUUAUAUAUUUAAGAUAUGUUUCCUGUAUAAAAUGUAUAAGUUUUGAAAAUGUUUAUUAUACUGUGGGUCGUACAUAUAUACACAUACGUUUGGGUACCGUAUUGUACAUAUCAAUGAAAAUGAUUAUUAUCUUUUUGCAAUAAAAAUAAUAUACAAAA